AAAAAAAAGAAAAUCAAUAUGGCUGGGGCCUGGAUGUGCCAGUGACACAAUACGAUAGGAUUUAUAAUGCUGAAGAGUACUGGAUAUUUUCGGGGAGUCGAGUGUCCUUUCAGGGAGAGUUGCCGGCGUCCUCACUGUCACUUUAGACACCGAGGAAGAGGUGCCCCGAAUAUUGGAGGAGAGGCCCGGAAUGGGGCAGAAUAUGAUCCAUAUAGCCCUGAACUUCCACCUGUACCAGUCUGUUCGGAUGAUGACUUCUCUGGGGCUGUUCUUGAGACUUGCCAUGAUACACUUGAACUUGAUAGAGUUAAUAAAGCCAUUGAAGAGGUCAAGAAUGAGGUGGAGAGAGAGCAGAGAAAGUAUGAAGAACUGCUGGAGAUACAGAAGGAGUACAUCCCUAGUCUAAAAAGAUCUGCAAAGUCUGUCAGUAGUUCCCAUUUAGAAUACAGUCCAGUUGGUUCAGGAAGCAGUGCUUUAUGUUACAAUCCCACGGCGCUGUCUCAUUCAGUUAAACCAUGCAAAUACACACUUGAUGAUUGUGAAAAUGAAAUGGAUAAAAGCAGGUGCAUGGAGUAUAUUCCAACCGCAAUUUCAAAACGCAUUGCCAAAAAGUAUGUUAUUGAUAACUCAAAGCCCUCCACAGAUAUGGAGUACGAUCCCAUGUCCAACUAUUCCGCUAGACUCUUAAACAAGGCUAUACAUCGAAAAGUAACUAAAAGCACUAGAGAUGCACAGGAUAAAGGCUGUGCUCCUCAUGCCAAAAAGGUACGUAGGCAGUCAUCUGAUCUGUCAGUAGAAGCUACAUUUUCUGACUCUGAAGAUGAUUCUGGUUCUCCUUUGGCUGCUAAAAAAACCUUGUUGACUGGAGUGGAAGAUAAAUCUGCUCAGGCAGUAAAUACGUUUUCGUUACACUACAACAUGGAUGGUGUUAAACAACUCAAAAAGUGCAAGCACAAAGACCAUGCUAAAAAAGUCAGCCAUGCAAAUUACAAAAGUGAGAAGAAAGAAAUUGUUUCUCAGCCACCAUCGGGUACAGCCUCAGACAAGAGUAAAGCCUUCAGUAAGGGGCAAAAGAAAGAAAAAACUUAUUUGGCAAAAAAGUCUGAAAUGUCACAUGUAAAGAACAGAAAAUUGGAAAGUGAUAAGAAAGCAAAAAAAGAUGACAUACUAUCUGAAAAGAAUGCCCGAUUGAAUACAGACGUUUCUGUUAAAAACAACGAAAAAAAUCAGAGUAAAGCAAAAAAGGGAAAAGUUAAUUUGCUUAAAGAUUCAAGACAUGGAAUAGAAGAUAAUAGUGGAAAGCAGAAAGUCAAAGAGGUAAAAUCUGAAGCAUUUGGAAAAUCCAAAGAACCUGCUCAGAGAAUGUUGAAAACUAGAACAAAGCAGAGAACGCUGAGCCAUGUGGAUUUAUUUGGUGAUGAAAGCAGUGAAGAGGAAGAAAUAAAAAUGAGUAUAAACAGUAGUUCAGGUUGUGAAAAAGUUGCAAAUAGUACAGAAAGGAUCAUAAGCACAUCCCGUAGAAGUUCUACAUCUUCUCAUGGCUCUUCAGAUAUAGACUAUUCCAUUCUUGAAAAAAAUUUGGACUCCGACCCUGACCCAAUGGAGGAAUGUCUGAGAAUUUUUAAUGAGUCUCAGGAUAUUAAGACUGAAGAUAAAGGAAGGAAAGGAAAGCAGCUAAAAGAAGACGGUACAGAGAAUUCUGGACCCAAUAUGACAGCAGCAUUCCCUAGCCAGAAGAAGAGGAUUUCUCAUGUCAAUCAUUCUAAUCAUGUAAGUGACCUU